AUGGAGCUUCAAUAUUACCCUAUUGUUAUUGUUGGUGCCGGAGAGUCUGGUAUUGCGACGGCCUGUCGAUUGAAGCAAAAGUUAGGUUUUCACGAUUUUGUUCUCUUCGACCGGCAAGGAGACAUUGGUGGAACUUGGUACAUCAAUCGGUACCCGGGUGUAGCCUGUGACAUACCGGCCUUACUCUACUCCUUUUCUUUCGCUCCCAACUACAGUUGGACAUCUUUAUUCCCAGAGGGACAGGAGAUUCUCAACUACCUGGGCGACGUCUGUCGCAAAUUCCGUGUUACCGACCAUUUGCGGCUCAAUACCGAGGUGACAGACGCAAUAUGGCUCCAGGACGAAGAAGAAUGGGAGCUGACGCUCACGCACCUCGCAGAAGGGGCGGGUGACUUGAGCGCAGCAGACAGGCAUGCCCGGGUUCAAAAACAUGGAGAGGCAAGCGUUCAUCUCAAGCGUGAGCGCGUGCGUGCGAAAAUCCUGGUGAGCUGCGUUGGCGGGCUUGUCGAGCCCAAGGCCUGGCCCAGUGACAUCCCCGGUGUUGAGACCUUUCAGGGGGACAUGUUCCAUUCUGCCCGAUGGGACUACAGCGUGCCGCUCGCGGACCGAAAUGUCGUGGUUAUCGGCGCCGGCUCUAGUGCCGCACAAUUCGUACCGCGACUGACCAAAGCACCAUUCUUGGCGAAGUCGGUCACACAGCUCAUGAAAUCACCACCAUGGGUGAACCCACGGCCUCCUGUGCCGCAGGCGUGGCGCAAGUACUCGCGGACUGCCUUGAAUACCGUGCCAGGUCUGGGGAAGCUUCUAAGACUGCUGUUGUUCUUAGGAGCAGAGUCUUUCUGGCUCUUGUUUGGGGUGUCAGACUUCAGUGUUCGGCGCCGGAAGCGAUUCGAGGCCAGAAUCCUGCGCAACUUGGAAAGAACCGUGUCCGAAGAGUAUCGACGGAUCCUAGUUCCGGACUACCCAGUAGGCUGCAAGCGUACCGUUCUCGAUGGCCAAUGGCUUGAAUGCCUCAACGAGGGCAACGUCGACCUCACAAAUCGACCACUUCUCUCCGUACAGUCCGGCGGAGUUACCCUCGGGCACCGGCCUGGCUACGCCACAGAACCAUCCGACGAAACAUUACAGCUGCCGGCUGACGUGAUUAUUCUCGCCAACGGGUUUGACACUUCAACGUUCCUACAUUCUCUAAAAGUCACUGGAGUUGGGGGCAAAUCGCUUCAGGAAGUAUGGGCCGAAAGGGGAGGGCCGCACGCGUACCUCGGCCUCGGAGUCGAUGGCUUCCCGAACUUCUUCACCAUACUCGGGCCCAACACCCUGAGUGGGCAUUCAUCCGCCAUCCUGGCUAGCGAGAAUGCCAUCUCAUAUAUGCUCAACUUCGUCCCAGGGAUCUUGUCAGGAGAGGUUAGGACGGUGCAGAUCAAGACGCAGCCGCUGCUCGAUUACACCGCCGAUGUCCAGGCCAGAACCAAGACCAAAGUCUGGCCCAGUUGCAACAGCUGGUACCUGGGUGCCAAGGGGUGGAACAGUGCCGUUUGCCCGUACGUCUUGCGUGCCGAUACAAUCAUACACCCUCACUGA